CUGUGCAUGCAGUCUCGUCUCAUCUUUAUCUAUGCAUGUAGUUUUAAGAAUUUGUCAUUUGUCAGUUAUUAAAAUAGGUUAAGUUAUUUUUCAAAACAAAAAAUAAUCGAGGCGAAUAAAUAAAGUGCAAUUAAAUCAGCAUUUUUCAACAUUUGGUUCCGAUUUAUAUGAUCAUGUCAAUACCCAACAGAUCUAACGAUAUGCCGUCUAAUGCGGAGGACGAUGAGCUCACUUUACCCCGUGCUAGUAUUAACAAAAUGAUUAAAGAAUUGGUACCAUCUGUGCGAAUAGCAAAUGAAGCCCGGGAACUCGUAUUAAAUUGUUGUACAGAGUUUAUUCAUUUAGUUAGUUCAGAGGCAAAUGAAAUUUGUAAUCAACUCAACAAGAAAACCAUAAAUGCUGAACAUGUGCUAAUGGCUCUAGAUAAAUUGGGCUUUGGAGAUUACCAUGCAGAAGCUGAAGCUGUACUGAAAGAUUGUAAGGCUGUAGCAGCUAAACGGCGACGACAAAGCACCCGCUUAGAAAAUCUUGGUAUUCCCGAAGAAGAAUUGCUUCGACAACAGCAGGAACUGUUUGCAAAAGCACGUCAAGAGCAGGCGUAUGCAGAUCAGCAGCAGUGGGAACAACUUCAAGCUGCUGCACAACAGGCACAAGCUCUGGCCAUGUCAACAAACAGUGACGAUCAAGAGGACUACUCAUAAUUUUUUUCAUUUGUUUUUAUCAUUCAAAUUUAGCAAAGAAUCUCACCAAAAGCGCAUUUCUGGUUUACUUUGUUAAUAUAAUAUAUUGUUUUUUUUACAAACUUGACGUUUUUUUUUUAAGUUAAAGUAAUUUUUCAAAUUAAUUUCUUUACUAAUUGGAAUUUUCUCUUACAGCUUGAGCCUAAGUGUGUCGCAGGAUACCCUCUAGGUGAUGGUUCUUAAUUACUUUUUGAUGAAUAAUUCGUUCUUUUUGCGAAAUAGGAGCACUAUUUAUCAAUCUGUAAUAAAAGACGUGAGGAAAUUCUGACAAAAAUUUUUGAGGCGAAAUACCCAACAAGAAGUUUGUAAAAAAAAAUGAAUGCGCCUCAGCAAUAUAGAACUUAUCUAUAAUAUAUUGUAUCAAGUAAUAUUUAAAUAAAAUCAAACUCCUCAAGCUGUAUAAUUAUUUUCCAUUUUUGUUGGACUGUAAUAACACUUCAGUUGCUUUUUACAUUUAAGUUUUUCUGUAAUAUGUGAAAUCAGAGUGCUUCUUUUCUAAAUUGAACGGGUGCUUUUUGCACAUUUUAAGCGGAGUCUUAAUUUUUAAAUAGAACUGUGUUCUAUUCAUUGAAGGAAUAUAUUAUCAAUAAAACCAUGAAAAUGUAUAAACAUAAUGAACUUGAAAAGGAGCGCAUGGUGAGAAACAAAGUAACGAACAGUUGUAGAUUUAAACUUCUAUAAUUAGAUGAUGAUUCUAGAGAACUAGUGCCUUGUUAUCUUUUCUUCGUUUCCUAGAUAUCCAAGUUCAGGUUGUUCUGGAAGCAUCAUUAUUAGAAUACAAAUUAGGACAAUCUCAAACGGUACAGUUGAGUCCUAAUAAUUUAUUGUCAUAGAGACAAAGCAAUAUAAACAUGUGACAAAAUAUCAUUAACAAUAUCGUCGUGUUGACUCAAUUUAACCUAUUUGAAACAAUUUCUCUUAAAUUUGUCUAUUAGCAAACUAUACCAGAUUAUAUCGCGUUUUUGGUGAGACACCCUGUAUAUGCAGACGAUUGUAAACAUAGUUACUGAAAGUAUUAUGUAGAUUCAUAAUAAUCAAUAUUGUCUAUGGAAAUAAAAAUUGAUUUAAUUUAUUGAAGUAGUCGAUAUUAUUUCGACUUAUUUAGAUUGAACUUUAUGUAUUUAUAUCACUUUUUGUAUAUUGCUUUCUAUAAAUUUUAUUAGCCACUGAGACAAGUCUCUGAUUAGCCACUUGUAAAUGUAAAUUUGUGAAUAAAAUAUAUUUUUUUAUAAA